AUGCUUUUCGACAUCGCUGGCUGUCACGAACGCGUCCAAGGCCCUUCAACAACCCCACUUCCGAGGUCUACAGUAAUCGUAUCGCAAAAUGCACAGGAUCACAUUCUCAACUACGUGCCUUGUGCUUGUUCACUUGUUACCAGUGCACGCGGCGUUCACCGAAUUCUUCUUCGCAGGCAACAAUGGGAGCUCCAGCGCACCGAGGACGUGUCCCGACUCACCAUUCGAAUGCCCCCCUCCUUCCGUUUGCUCGUUGGAUGACCGAACAUCCAAAUAUUACUGUUGUAUUCCUGGUUCUAGUGAUGCAGUUUGCUGGGGGCCUAGUGAGGGUUGUGGAGGAGACAGCACGACACCUGCGGGCAACCAGCGUUCGUGUGGAUCUGGUACGGAUGCCUUUUGCUGUUUGAAGUCCAGCGAGAUCUGCACCGAGACGGUAGAUCAAAUCAAUAUUUGUUGGAGUAGCCUGGUCAACCCGGUCGCUGGACUAGAUGCAACUGCUGUGAACAAGACUGCGCAAUCUCUUGCGUCAGCUAGCCCGUCUGCAGCUUCAUACCCCAUCAAGCUGCCUGAUCUAGAAAAACUGACUGCUUCAUCAUCGGCGACCUUGAGUACGCCAAUCUCGGCUUCCACCACCUCGCUCACAACUGCCACAACUCCCACAGCCAGCUCCUCGGAGACCCUCGUUUCUUCGGUCAGCUCAUCACGGCCCACUUCAGGUCCUGCCGAGAAUGAUAGUUCAGGAAUUUCUGGUGGUGUAAUAGGAGGUAUCGUAGGUGGAGUCGUUGGUGGUCUCGCUCUCCUUGGCUUUGCUGGCUUUUUCCUAUGGAGACGGAGGAAGAACGGCAGGCGCAACACCUACGAAGCAGCGAACUCAUCCGACGCACCACCUACAUAUGCAAACUUCCAGACAGCAGAAAUGAACGCGAACCAGGAAUGCGCGGAAGCACCAGUGCAAGAAAAGUAUAGAGGAGUCAAUAAACCUAUCGCAGAGAUACCCGCGGACAGGGAAGCGGUAGAACUACCUACUUCUGAAAUGAACAAUCAUCAGAUGAAUUGAGAUAUCAAAAAUGAAGGAAGAAAUCAGAAGGGGUAUUCAUAAUACCAAAAAAUGUAGAGUCUUAAGGCAUGGUAUUCAACCUUGCCAUAUACACAACAGGGCUCGGGGAGGAACAGCGACAGCACCACUUGGAAAGGAACUUAUGAUAUCGAUUCUUGUUAAAAUCAUCUUGUAGCCAAUUCAUUUAAUCGCAAUUGAGUUGCCUAGAAAUUCCAAACCCACGAAUCGCUAAAAGAUCAUUUUGCA